AGUAAAUAAUGUCUGACAAUUCUUUGUUAAAUAAAAAACUUGAUCCAUAUGGCACUUUAUGGAAAAAGAAGUAUAUAUUACUGCUUAAAAGAACAGAAGGCAUUGAAAAGAGCAGCUGCUAACAAGCUGAGAAUUAUGGCUAGAAAUUUAGAGAAUUAUGGCUAAUGCUUACAAAAUUACAGAAUUUAUCAUAUGAAUUGCUUAAUCUUCGACUUGUGAAUAGACUUAACCAAUUAAAGAAAAUUAGUAAAAAUCUUCAAAAGGAGCGCUGUUUUUUGAUGAAACGGCUUGCCAUUUAUAAUGAUUCUUACAGAGAAGCAAGAUUCUUUGAAAAUAUUGAAUUUUUAGCUGAAGGGUAUUCUGAAAAUAAAACACCUAUUGUAACAUCUUCUAUCCCUAAGAAGCCUUUGAAUGCAUUUAUCAGGUAUUGUCAGGAAAUUCGAGAUGAAGUAGAUGAGCAAAAUCCUGGAAUAUCUCGUCAAGAUCUAACAAAAGUAAUUUCCUAUAAAUGGAAUGCUAUGUCCUCAUCUGACAAAGAGAUUUAUUUUGAUUUAUUUGAUAAAGAUAAGCAACGAUACGAGGAAGAAAUGAAACAAUACACACAACAGAUUGCUCAACAAAAUACUGAAAAGACCGGUAAUUUAAUGAACAUUGAUUUUAAAAACUCUGGAUCAUCGAGAUCGUCAAAGAUUGAAAAUAUUUCUCUUUCGAGUUCAAAUAAUGGUUUAUCUUUUGAUGACGAUAACAAUGCUUCAACGUAAUAUAAAUUCAUUAGAUUUUAUCAACACUUUUAAACUUUCUACUAUUAUUAAUCACAAUGAGUCACUAAAAUGAUUGUAAAAAGACUCAUUAAUCUGAAUUAACUAUUUUCAUUAGUGCUGAGAUGGUUUAAUAAUUUUAUAGAUGUCUUACAUUUAUUCUUGUUAUCUAAACUUUAGGAGUUAAUUUUAAAAAAUUAUUUUAAAAAUUAAGUUGUGCUAACUUCUAAUCUUUUCUUUUUUUCUUUUUUUUUUCAUGACUUUCUUCUAGCUAAUGAAGAGAUAAGACGUGUUUUUAUUUUGGCUUCUCAGUAUAUACAAGAAAUCUUAGAAUUAGUGAAAGUUUGGUUUUAUCGUUUUGGUUAGACCUUGUUUCGAUGAUUAUAUAGAUUUGUAUUAAAAUUA